AUGGGAAAACCUCAGGAAAAAUCACUCCUAAGUGAUGAAAAAUAUAAAUAUGAAAAGGAGGAAAAAACUGAAGACUGUAAUUUCUGGGAAAGUGAAAUCAAUCAUGUAAAAAAAUGCAGUAAAGUCGAAGGAAAAGAUGUUUCAUACUAUGGAACGAAAAAUAUAUUCGGAUUUCUGUUCUUUCAUUGGAUUACCAAGUGGAUUAGAAUUCUCUCAAAGAAGUAUUUGGAGCCAUAUAAGUUACACCCGUUGCCAAUAUCGGAUCAAAUACUAUACUGGCAACCAAUCUUUUCCAAACAUGUAAGUGAUUCAUUGAUUGAAUUGGAAAUGGAGGAAUUUGAGAGAAAUCAAUUGGGAAAAAAUAAGAAGAAACAAAAACCCAAGAAACUUAUUAUUUUCAGAGCUAUUCUGUUCACAUUCUGGAAAAGAAUAUUACUUGCAACAAUAGGCAUGAUUUCAAUGAAUAUCUUGAGUAUGAGUAUCGCAAUUUUGUUGAGUAAAUUGAUUAAAUUGAUGAUAUCAGAAGUUUUCAAUUACGGCCCUAUAUUCGGACUGAUUCUGGUGAUAAUAGUGCUGGAACUAUCCAAAGGCAUUUGUAUAGACCAUGUAACCUUUUAUAUCCAAAGAUUAAUAGUUAUGGUUGACUAUUCACUGGGAAUUACAAUAUUCCACCAUGGUCUGUGCCUUAGAAGAAACUAUUCAAACAAUGAUUCAUCAAAAUAUACAUGUAAUAAUGUGUUACAUAGUUGUUCUCCAGAUUCAAGCUGUUCCAAAAACCCUAUGCUGUGUUCAGCGAGACGACAUAAAAAUUUAGAUACCACACCCAAAAUGUACUCGUAUAAAUUUGUAGACUGUUAUUAUGUAACAUUAAUAUUUGAUAACCUGACAGAUAUCGUCAACUUCCUAACCAAUUUCAUAUAUGGAAUCAUACUAAUCCAUGUGCAAAUGAAAAUUAAAAUAUUCAAAGUCUCUAUAAUCUCAGUGUCACUUGUUAUAUUCAUGAUAUUUGUGGAAAUAUUCAAUAGCUUCCUCCUAAAAUUCUAUUACGCACUGAGGGACCAUAGAAUUAGCAAAUCGUACGAAAUCAUAACAAACUUCAAAAUAAUCAGAACACUCGUAAUGGAGGAUAUCGCAGAAAACAUGAUCACAGAUGUCAGAAACGAUGAGCUAGUCUUUAUAACAUACCGAUUUUUCCUAUCGCUAGUAAAUAAAGUCUUGUACAUAAUAAUAGUAUCAUGUGCACUCAUGAUCAUAAUUAAUGACUUUGUAGAGCAGCUUAAAAAUACAACAGAUUUAAAGGAGAUUGAUUCUUCCUCAAUAAUAACACUACUGUUCAUAUUACUCAAAAUUAUAGACCCAAUGUUUAUGUUACCACUCACACUAAGAAUGUUGAUCCUUGUUAUUAAUUCAUAUAAUCGCAUAGAAUUCUUCAUCAGAACUUGUUCCCCAAACUAUUAUCAAUCAGAUAAGUUUUUAGUUGACCCCAAUCUCAAAAACAAACUCUUGUCAAAUCGCACUAUUUAUUUAAAACAACGCCAGCUAAGUUAUUCAAAUUUUAAAAUCCCGGAACAGAAGAGAGACUCACUCUCUGAUGACUCUGUGAUAAAGUUUGAAAACGCCUCUUUCAGUUGGGUUUUUAGCAGAGAAGAUCUCACUAAUGAUAAUAAUGAGGUUCAUUUGAAGAAUGUUAACUUCCAGCUUAAGAGGGGUGAAAUUGCAAUAAUCACAGGUACUCAAGGCUGUGGUAAAUCUAACUUUAUCAAGUCAGUACUGGGUGAAAUGACACUGGUCAAUGGUUCAAUGGCUGUAAAACCAUUAAGUAAAUCAAUGCCUAUAUUCUAUGCAUCACAGGAUGUAUGGUUAAAAAGAGGAACCAUUAGAUCAAACAUAAUAUUUGGACAUAGAUUUGAUGAAGAAAUAUAUAACUCAGUCAUCAAAGCAGUUGAACUCGAGACUGAUAUAUCGAGCUGGCAAGAAGAAGAUUUACGUACUAUUCUUGAUGGUGGAUUCGAACUUAGUGGUGGACAACGUGUGAGAGUGGAGCUUGCAAGAGCAGUCUAUGCAUAUAUGAUUUAUAGCAAAAUGACAAAAGAACAGUCUAAAAUACUUUCAUUCCUAAUGUGCCUAGAUUCAGUAUUUUUAGGCUUAGAUCCAUUUGUAGGAGGCAACAUAUUUAACAAUUUGUUCAAUUCUAAAAAUGGUUUGUUGCGUAAACCAGACCUGUCAGUAGUACUUACGGCAACCAAAAGGUUAUUGGAAACCUGCUUGUCAACAUCAAACCCGAAUAAUUUUGGAGAUGUUAAAAUCUACAUGAUUUUCAAUAGAAAACUUAUUCUAAAGUCUAAUUUAAGAACAUUUAUACUUAAAUUUAAUACAAAUGGUAGUGGUGGUGGUACUGAUGGUACAACCCAAAAUUUGACUAGAGAAAGUAAAGAAGAAUGGGAAAUGGAGGAUAACAAUGACAAUGAUGAAAAUGUCAUGGAAAGUGGUAUGAUGGAGUUGUAUAAAAACUGUAAAUCAGUGGAUUUUCAAAGAGUACCACGUAGAACAGUAGUUAGAGACCAAUAUGACGAUAAAAGUGGAUAUGGAUCACACAAAUUUGAUAGUAAGAUAACCAUCAAAAGUAUAGUAUUGAAGCCACUCUUGAUGUACAUAAGCUCUACAGGGUACACAUUCUUCGCCUUUUUGUUCUUCCUGAUAUCCUUCACAAUUCUAGACAACGUUAGGUAUGUCUUUGCAUCGAAGCUAUCAAACUUUGUUAACGAUCACCUCAAAAACUUGGAGAACUUUGUGGAUGAUAAAGAAAAGUGUGAUUCUGUCCACUCACUUAUCAAGGAAUAUAGCACUAAGUCCCUGACACUGAUUUCGUACGUAUCUAUCUUUGUGAUCAUCGCCUCAGUUUCAGUGGUCGUUUCAAUGACAAUAGUAUCACUCAAAGCAUCACUAAACAUCCAUGAAUACUCACUCGACUCUGCACUGUACAAACCCUCAGCCAAAAUUAAAAUAAAGAGAUAUAUAUCAGACGUAUUCACGUUUUUGUCCUGUGAUACACUGUACAUUGACCUUACAAUUGGUUAUUAUCUGUUCGAAUCGUUCAUCAUAGUAGUUGAAACGGUCAUUCACAUGAUCAUGCUGGUUUAUUUGUUACCCACUUCCGUGCUUUUUGUACUGGUAGCAAUGGUUUUUAUAAUCAAAUUCCCAGUAUUCUCAUUUCUAAAGGGACUCUCGAACAUAAGGUUUGCAUACAUGGCCUCAACAAAUAGACUAAAUUGCGUAUUAAAUGACACGAUUUCAGGUUCAAUUGUCUAUCGCAGUUAUAGAAAGGAAACAGAAUUGGUAACGGAGUUUGUGGAACAUGCAGACUACAAUGCUAGAUCAAGGUUUAUGGAAAGAGCAGUUUUUACAUGGACAUCCAUUAUGUGUAGAUGUAUCUUCUCGGUGAUGAUUUUCUUGAUUAUUCUGACACCAAUAACCAUUUCCAAAUUUGUAGAAUAUGAAAUUAAAAUUGGAUACUACGGAUUGGCAUUCUCACUCUCACUCAAUGUGACAAACAGAUUCUCAAAACUACUCAGACUAUUCACUAAAUUGCAGCUGUACCUAUGCUCAGUAAUCAGGUUCGCCAAUUUCAUACCAGAAGACGAAAAGUUGGAAUUUAAGCCACCUAAAAAUAUAUAUGUGGAGGGUAUAACAAUUAAUAAUGUCUCUAGUAAAAAUGGUAAUAAUCCAUCUGAAAAUCAAAAAUCAUCAAAGAUUAACGCACUGGAAGUUUCAGAUUUUUUUGACUCAGUUCCUGAUACAAGAAAUACUUCUGAUGAACAGAACUUUGUUAAUUACAAUACAAAUACCAUAACUUUUACGAAUGUGGAUAAUGAAUUAUUUGAAUCUAAAGAUCCUAAUAGAAUCAAACUCAAGUAUCUUUCCAGAAGAAGAAAAGAGUUUUAUUCAUUGAGAAAUAAAAUGUCUUUUCGAAGUUUAUUUUUUAAACCAAAAAUUAACAUUUAUGACAUUUCUGACUACAUGGAUCCGAUUCAUAAGUUCAUAAGAUUAGAAGAUGUGUUUGUAUUAUCCAAGUCACAUGAUAGCUUAUCACAUAAAGUCAAACCAAAUGAUAAGCUAGAUAAUGAAUUGGAACAAGUUAAAACAGAUGAAUCGACUUGUGUAAAUGACUUGGAAAUGAUUGAAAUUAGUAACACAGUGGAUAACAUUGACAAUUUUCAAAAAAGUGAACUGAAAAAAAGGUUUUUGUUAUUUAACAUCAACUCCAGUGCUCAGCGUUCUGACAUUAUCGGAAUCAUUGGCAGAACUGGAGCUGGUAAGACAACUCUAUUAUCUCUUUUAGUCAACUUUCCACAUGUAAGAAAGGGUUCCGUUUUACUAGAUGGAGUUGAUGUUGAUCAUUUGCCAAGAGAUAUUAUGCGAUUAAUUAUUGGUGUACUUCCUCAGCUUCCAUUUGUUUUCAAAGGUUGGACUAUUAGAAGGUUCUUGGAUCCAAGGAGACUAUUUAGUGAUGAUGAGAUUAAUGAGGCUCUGGAUAAUUGUGGUCUUCUUGAGUUUGUUAACAAAUUAUCAGACUGCCCACUAGAUCUCGUUAUUUUCCCCGAUUACUACCAUAAGGAUAUUCCAAAAUAUCUGAAGAAAGUUUAUUAUCCGAAUCUAUUCACAUGUAGAAGAUCAUCAAUAUUUGGAACCAGAUUCAGGUUAUCAAAGACAAUAAACGAAAGUGUAGACUUCGAUAUGGUUCUAUCAAACACACAAAUGAGGACACUCAUGUUCUCUAGACUAAUGUUAUAUAGAAAUUUCUAUAGGAUGAUAGUAAUUGAUGAACCACCAUCUGAUAAUUGUUCUGAUGACCAAAUGACGCCCAUUUCAGGAGUCACUCCAAGAUCCUCAAUAUCAUUUGAACCUCUACAAGAAACCACAAAUCAAAUUGGCAUUCCCAUCUAUAAACUCCUUAGCCAGUAUUUCAAACACUGUACAAGUUUCAUAGCUGCACAUGACGUAAACGCACUCAAGUCUUGCACUAAACUGUGGAUACUCAAUAACGGGAAACUAGUAAUGACUUGCGACAAGGAACAAAUGCUACAGGAUGAAUCGUUAUCUAAAAUGAUCCAAGAAUCAAUGGAAAACUGA